AUGAAGCUGUGGGCCAUUGCAGAUAUCCAUCUGUCCUUCAAAAGUAACAGAGACGAAUGGGCGAAGCUCGAGUCACGAGGCGAAGAUGAUGGACUCAUUCUGGCAGGCGAUGUCGGCGAAUCCCUCAAAACACUAAACGAAGCCUUCGAAGUCGCCAAACAACGCUUCAAACACGUCUUCUGGGUCCCGGGCAAUCACGAGCUCUACACCUCCGCCACCGCGCCUGAAGAUGAGCUCCACCUGCGCGGCGAGGCCAAAUACAUGGCCUGCGUCAUGGCGGCCAAGAAGCACGGCGUCCUGACCCCCGAGGACGACUUCAUGACCUGGAUCUACGAGAACGAGGACGGCAUCCAGGCCGGCGCCGUCAUCUGCCCCGUCUUCACCCUUUACGACUACAGCUUCCGCCCUGAUCACGUGACGCGCGAAGGGGCGCUGGACUGGGCGAUGGAGGAAGGCAUCAGAGCGACGGACGAGAGCCUGCUCUACCCAACCCCCUACUCUUCGAGGGACGAAUGGUGCAACCGUCUCGUCCAGCAAUGCGAGACCAAGCUCGACCGCGCGGCCGAGACCGGUUUACCACUGGUCAUCAUCAACCACUGGCCGCUGCGCGAAGACACCAUCUUCAUCCCCAAAGUCCCGCGCUUCACGCUGUGGUGCGGCACCAAGAAGACCGAAAACUGGCACAAAAAGUACCACGCCAAAGUCAUCGUGACCGGGCACUUGCACGUGCGCCGUACUGACUGGAUCGACGGCGUGCGGUUCGAGGAGGUCUCGUUGGGAUAUCCGCGGCAGUGGAAGGAGGCCAAGGACGCGGGGAAUGAUGUGAAUACGAUGAUGCGGGAGAUUCUGCCUGGACCUCACCCGCCGGAGCCUGGGAUGGAGCCGCCGACGGCUUGGAGGGGGUUGGGGACGAUUGAGCUCGAGCGGCCGCAGGUGAGGAGGCCGAUGUUGAGGAGGUAUACUACGACUACUUGA